GAGACGUCACCAGUCCCCGCCUUGAAUUAUAACAAUCAAUUGUUCGACGUCUCUUUUUUCUUUUUCUUUUUUUCUUUCUCCCAAAAAUCCGAAUCGAUGGCUGGAGGAUUGUCUGGGCGCGAGACGCAGAUGGACGCGCGGGACACCACAACAUCUGGACUCCUCAGACAGAAAUAAUAAUUUAAAAAAAAACUCUCAUUGGUAAAAAUUGAGUUAAUAGUUUUCCCAAUCAUUGUUUUUGGGUGGAAACAGUCCUGGAGGUGAGAAGAAUGCGGCGCACCUCUCCGUGGGUUGGCUGGGCGCUGUGUCUGUGCGCGUCUUUGGCCGUGAGCGCGCAGGACUACAUCGAGGAGGACGAGCUGGUCCUGGAUCCGGUCCGGGACGACGGGACUCGACCUGAGUCCGGAGCCGAGUUCCUCAGGUGCAACAAGGCAGCAUGGCGCAUGCCCGGUCAGUACCUGGUCAUGCUGCGUCAGGGGGCGCACGAGUCCCACGUUCAGAGGACCAUCACGCGGCUGAGGGCCAGGGCGGCCAGGAGGGGCCACCUGCCGGAGGUCCUGCAGACCUACUCUGGAGCUCUGCGUGGCUUCCUGGUCAAGAUGAGCAGUGACGUCCUUCACCUGGCUGUGAAGCUCCCCCAUGUGCAGUACAUUGAGGAGGAUUCGUCCAUCUUUGCUCAGAGCGCCCCCUGGAACCUUCAGAGGCUACUGCAGCCUCACGGAGGCACCUCUGAGAACGGAACAUAUAAACCUCCCAAUGAUGGAGGGAUGGCUGAGGUGUAUCUGAUGGAUGGUCACGUUCAGAGUUCUCACAGAGAGGUUCAGGGACGAGUGCUCAUCACAGACUUCAACAACGUCCCAGAGGAGGAUGGAGUCAGAGUUCACCGACAGGCCAGUCAGUGUGACAGUCACGGCACACACAUUGCUGGGGUUGUGAGUGGCUUGGAUUCUGGUGUUGCUCGAGGCGCUGGGGUCAAGCUGGUCCGUGUGCUCAACUGUCAGGGGAAAGGGACCGUGUCAGGAGCUCUGGCGGGUCUGGAGUACAUCCGGGCGUCUCUACAGGCCCGUCCGGCAGGGGCAGUGGUCGUCCUGCUGCCUUUCAUCGGUGGCUUGAGUCGCUCGUUAAACGCAGCCUGUCGAGACAUGGUGGCCAACGGAGCCGUGGUCAUCGCCGCUGCGGGGAAUUACAGAGACGACGCCUGCCUCUACUCGCCUGCCUCCGAGCCUGAGGUCAUCACAGUGGGGGCAGUUAAUGCAGCGGACCAGCUCAUGUCACAGGGAGCAGGCGGCACCAACGUCGGCCGCUGCGUUGAUUUUUUUGCACCGGGAGAUGACAUAGUUAGUGCCAGCAGUGACUGCAGCACCUGCUUUACCACCAGAGGGGGGACCUCACAGGCUGCUGCCCAUGCUGCAGGUGUAGCAGCAGUGAUCCUGUCCUCCAAUCAGAACGUGUCCCCGGUGCAGGUCCUGCAGACGAUGCUGCGUUACUCCAUCAGCAACACGAUCAACCUCCUCUCUCUGUCUGACACGCAUCGCCUCGUUACUCCAAACCUGGUCGCGGCCAUGCCUCCUGCAGACAGCCCAGCAAAUGGGGAGCUUCUGUGUCGGUCCGUAUGGUCAGAGAGGUCGGGGGUCGCGGGCACAGACGUGGCCAUCAGUCGCUGUCGUCGGGGUGAGGAGAUGAUGGGUUGCAGCAGCUACGCUCCUGAUGGCGUCGGCGUGGGAGAAACAAUCGCCACGCACAGCGAGUGGAUGGAGUGUGUUGCCUACAAUGGUGCGAGGGGCAGAGGUGUGUACGCUGUGGCCCGUUGCUGUGUGACAGGCGGUCUGCGGUGCCAGGCCCGUGCCAGUCCUGAGCCCGGGAGAGAUGCCGAGUGUGUGGACCGACAGCACCACUUGACCGGUUGCACCUCUUGGUCCCCAGCUGAGGUCUCAUCCAACUCCCGUCCACAUCUCGGUGACCGGAAGCGCUGCGCUGCGAAAGACGGGGUAACGUCACACGCCGUGUGCUGCCAGGCUCCAUCUCUGGAGUGCCGCCUGUUGGAGAACAUAUCAGCUGACGAAGACGGCGUGGAGGUGUCCUGUCCCUCUGGCUGGACUCUGUCCGACUGUAGCGCCGUCUCCCGGGGCUCCGCUGUCUUGGGGCCGGUCGCUAAGGGCAACAGUUGCAGUGUCCGCGGUGCCACAGCGGCUGAUGGGGCAGCAAGCGUCGCUGUCUGCUGUCGCGUCCUGCCACCGGAGCAGCCCGCCACCGCUCCACGAUGAUCUGCUCUCACACCGCUGUGACGUAAAAACAGCUUUCGCAGUUUGUUGUCCGAUAGUGUCGGUGUCUUCGUCUCUCGUCAGCCGUGAUGUCCCUGACUCCUGAAUACACCUCAACAUCCAUCAUCCACGUGUGAAGCUCUUGGUGUUCCAGUUGUAGGAUUAGGUCAAAAUAUGCUCCAGUAUCACGUCGCCUCAUGUUUGUCAGCCACAUUUAAACCACAUUCCGUACACCGUUAGUAAAAUGCAACCAGAUAUUUUUGUAACUUUUUACAAAACAAGGAUAAUAAAAAAAAAAUUCCCAACAUGUUA